GCACGCUUACCAUCAACAUCGCAGCCUACCAGUUCCCGCCAUGAAGUUUUUCACCCAAGUGCUGUCGUUUCUUCUGUCAGUUUUGCUCGCAGCUCAAGCGAACAACCUAAACACGGUGUUAGGGCUACCCGCGGCUGUGAGCACCCGUCAGUGUGGGUCGAGUACCCCGUGUAUGUGGGCAGUCUGCAGAUGGCGAGCGGCACUGCGGGUGGACGAGACAUUCUGCGACUUCCUCGACUAUGACUGUCAGUGUCGCGAGGGGACGUCCUGUCAACAGACCGGCAACAUUAAACCAGGUCCCAGCAGCGUCCUCACCUACUCAUUCUACUGUCUUCCCAACGGUUCCGGGAAUCAGAAUUAAGGGGACGCAACUCUGCCUAGGGGACGCAACUCUGAACGCUAUUUCGUGUCGCCAUCUUGGAAUUAGACGCCAUAUCUUUUCUCUCGAACAAUAUUUCUUUUCAAUAUUGCAGACCUAUGGCGAUGCUCUUCUGUGGAGAUCGAACUGUUCUUCUCUUUUUUUCAGGUCGACAUUUGUCUUAUUUCAUGGAGUCUGUUCAAAGGCAUCUGUGAUGUUCUGUAAUAUGUUUUUCAUCUUUUUAUCAUGGGGUGUGAGAUAUCACCGAUGAGUGUGCAAAAUGCGUAAACUAUAACCCGUUGAAAUUAAUCUUUGAUUGGGAAAGAGCAAUAUCUGCGUGGAAUGUUAUGUAGUUAUAGACGAAACCUUUACCUGAGCAGUGUAAAGAAAUGACCUUUUAAUGAAAACGGAGAUUAAAUGUGUAAACAGGAUUAGCUGUCACGGUGCAUAAUGGCUAUGAUAAUAAAAGUCCUUGUUGUCACUUCA